AGGAGCACCGGCCGGCAGGGUCUUCUGGUAGUGGGAGCAGCACCUCCGCACAGGCACCUCGCACCAGUGGAGUCUGGUCUCUGCAGCCCCUCUCUCUCUCUCUGUCUCUCUCUCCACAGCGAGACCUCUCGUCCCAAGGAGGCUCCUGCACUCAGGGCCUAUACAGACACAGACAACACCGCCGCCGAUUGUUGAUUAAUUUUUCUUCCUAUAAGCUGAGAGGGACGUUAGAAGUCCUGACAGAGGCGGCAUGAUGACAGCUGUCGAAACCCAAAUGACCUACAACACCUAUACGAUCCACCAUGAAGACACGUACAUGACUCAAGAGGACGAUUGGGACAGGGACCUGCUGCUGGACCCUGCCUGGGAGAAGCAGCAGAGGAAGACUUUCACAGCUUGGUGUAACUCCCACUUGAGGAAGGCUGGUACACAGAUCGAGAACAUUGAAGAGGAUUUCAGAAAUGGCCUCAAACUCAUGCUGCUGCUGGAGGUCAUUUCAGGUGAGAGGCUGCCCAAACCCGACAAAGGCAAGAUGCGUUUCCACAAGAUCGCCAACGUGAACAAAGCUCUGGACUUCAUCUGUAGCAAGGGGGUCAAGCUGGUGUCUAUCGGUGCUGAAGAAAUUGUUGACGGUAAUGUGAAGAUGACCCUGGGUAUGAUCUGGACCAUCAUCCUGCGUUUCGCCAUCCAGGACAUCUCUGUUGAAGAGACCUCUGCUAAGGAAGGUCUGCUGCUGUGGUGCCAGAGGAAGACUGCCCCCUACAGGAACGUCAAUGUGCAGAACUUCCAUAUCAGUUGGAAGGACGGCCUGGCUCUGUGCGCCCUCAUCCACAGACACAGACCCGACCUCAUUGACUACUCCAAACUGAGAAAGGAUGACCCCAUUGGUAACCUGAAUACUGCCUUCGAGGUGGCUGAGAAAUACCUGGACAUCCCCAAGAUGCUUGACGCUGAAGAUAUUGUGAACACUCCCAAGCCUGAUGAGAAGGCCAUCAUGACCUACGUGUCCUGCUUCUACCAUGCCUUCGCCGGUGCUGAACAGGCUGAGACAGCUGCCAACCGUAUCUGCAAGGUGCUGGCUGUCAACCAGGAGAAUGAGAAACUGAUGGAGGAGUAUGAGAAGCUGGCUAGUGAGCUGCUGGAGUGGAUCCGCCGCACCAUCCCGUGGCUGGAGAACCGCGUGGCUGAGCAGACCAUGCGCUCCAUGCAGCAGAAGCUGGAGGAUUUCCGGUGACUACCCCGCCGUGCCAAGCCACCACGCGUCCAGGAGAAAUGCCAGCUGAGUCACUUCAACACCCUGCAGACCAAGCUGAGGCUCAGCAACAGGCCUGCAUUCAUGCCCUCCGAGGGCAAGAUGGUGUCGGAUAUUGCCAAUGCUUGGAAGGGUCUGGAGCAGGUGGAGAAGGGCUAUGAGGAGUGGCUGCUGACUGAGAUCCGCCGUCUGGAGAGACUGGAUCACCUGGCUGAGAAGUUCAAGCAGAAGUGCUCCCUGCAUGAGGCCUGGACCGGAGGUAAGGAGGACCUGCUGUCCCAGAAGGAUUACGAGUCAGCCUCCCUGAUGGAGAUCAGAGCCCUGAUGAGGAAGCACGAGGCCUUCGAGAGCGACCUGGCUGCUCACCAGGACAGAGUGGAGCAGAUUGCUGCCAUCGCCCAGGAGCUGAAUGAGCUGGACUACCACGAUGCUGCCACAGUCAACGCCCGCUGCCAGGGCAUCUGUGACCAGUGGGACAACCUGGGCACCCUGACCCAGAAGAGGAGGGAUGCUCUGGAGCGUGUGGAGAAGCUGUGGGAGACCAUCGACCAGCUGUACCUGGAGUUUGCCAAGAGGGCGGCGCCCUUCAACAACUGGAUGGACGGAGCCAUGGAGGACCUGCAGGACAUGUUCAUCGUCCACAGCAUUGAGGAGAUCCAGAGUCUGAUCACUGCUCACGACCAGUUCAAGGCCACUCUGCCUGAGGCUGACAAGGAGCGCAUGGCCACCAUGGGCAUCCACAACGAGAUCCUGAAGAUUGCCCAGACCUACGGAAUCAAGCUGUCCGGAGUGAACCCUUACACCAACCUUACCCCCCAGUACAUCAGCAACAAGUGGGACACUGUGAAGCACCUUGUGCCCCUCAGAGACCAAAUUGCUGCAGGAGGAUGGGUGGCCAGGCAGCAGGCCAACGAGAGGCUGAGAACGCCAGUUGCUGCCCAGGCCAACAUCAUUGGACCCUGGAUUCAAACCAAGAUGGAGGAGAUCGGCCAUGUGUCCGUGGACAUCGCCGGCUCCCUGGAGGAGCAGAUGAACAGCCUGAAGCAGUACGAGCAGAACAUCAUCAACUACAAAUCCAACAUCGACAAGCUGGAGGGAGACCACCAGCUCAGCCAGGAGUCCCUCAUCUUCGACAACAAGCACACCAACUACACCAUGGAGCACGUCCGGGGCUGGGAGCAGCUGCUCACCACCAUUGCCAGAACCAUCAACGAGGUGGAGAACCAGAUUCUGACCCGCGAUGCCAAGGGCAUCAGCCAGGAGCAGCUCAACGAGUUCAGGGCCUCCUUCAACCACUUCGACAGGAAACGGGCCUGAUGGACCCCAGACGACUUCCGCGCCUGCCUCAUCUCCAUGGGUUACGAUCUGGGUGAGGUGGAGUUUGCCCGCAUCAUGACCUGGUGGAUCCCCAACACAGGCGUCGUGACCUUCCAGGCCUUCAUCGACUUCAUGACCCGCGAAACUGCCGAGACCGACACUGCAGAGCAGGUCAUGGCCUCCUUCAAUCUGGCCUCCGACAAGUCCUACAUCACAGUGGAGGAGCUGCGCAGGGAGCUGCCACCAGAGCAGGCCGAGUACUGCAUCAGCCGCAUGACCAGGUACAUCGGAAGCGACAGCCCCCCUGGCGCCCUGGACUACAUCUCCUUCUCCAGCGCCCUCUACGGAGAGAGCGACUUAUAAACAAAGCCCCUUCUCUUCCUCUCCUCCUCUCAUCCCUCUAUCCCUGCCCCCCCCCUUCUUUCUCCUAUGCAGAGAGAGCAAUUUAAACCCUUCCCCUCUCCUUCUACCCGCUUUGUUAUCAUUGUUUCUCGUUCAACUCUUAUGUUCUACCCUUAUAUUUAUCCUUCUCCCAAUCCCUCCCCAUCCCCCAGACUCACUGCCCAGAGCGGCUGAGAGCGCCAGGCUUUGCUCAAAUCUCAGACCUGGUUGGUCUGGCUAGGCUCUGCCCUCGUUUCUGUUACACUGCCUUUUAAACCCAGUGUGCCAGGUACUGCACUGAACUUAUGUAAGCAGCAUGCAUAUACAUACCUGCCUUCAAGAGAGAUCAAACAGAAAGGAGGUAAUGAGGAAGAAAGGAAGAAGUUAUAAAAAAAAGAAAAAGUCGUGUUUUGAGCAAGCCUCCCGCUCUUCACCUCUCCGAAUCUCAGAUGACAUAUUUUUUGUAGAAGGGUAAUUAAAGAAAAAAAAAUGUGAAAAAAGAAGCGGCUUGUUGGUCCGUUGGUUGUGUAUUUUGUGCAGAUGCAUGCGAUGUUUAAGUGUAGAAACGCCGUCUUUGUGUGUCAACAAAUCGUCGGUUCUCACCUUAAUGCUGAAAAAGCCUCCUGAAGCGCUUACAUAAGCACGCUGUCAUUAGGAGCCUGUUACAUGUCAGUCAGCAGAGGAGGGAAUCCCAACAGGGCUUCAACCAGCAAGUCAGGUGCUAUGAUGUUACAAAGCCAGUCUAACACUGCAGGCUCUCCCUCCAAGACAACUACCACAGCACUGUGAAACGUGAAUGUUAUGUUAGUCAGAUUAAAUUUUAACCUGAAGAUCUUAAAGCCACAAGGAGCUUAGGAUCAAACGGAGAGGGAGCGAGAGAGAGCACCUAAACUUUUUGUGCCCGAGACUGGAGGCUGAACGCUGAAUGUUAAAGAUGAAGACGAGCCCAAGCAGAUUGAUGCUGCGGAGAGGAGUGAACCACAGGAAAGCAUUGUGGUCGUGGCUGGAUGGGGACUCAGGAAUGAAGACAAGAAGGACAAACUGGUCUGGCUAGAGAGAACGAUCCCACACACCUUUCUCCUCUGUCCUCCCUCGUGCAGGCUCCUUAAUAAAUAGGGGGAGGAUCACAUGAUAUAAAGGUGAUGUUUUUUGACUAAUUGAGGUGAGGGAGAGAGAGACAGGUGUCGAGCAGUGAGACAACAGGGCAUCAGGAAAGUUGGGGGCAAAAUAGGCGAACAGGUACUGUAUGUGGGACCAUAGCAGGCCUAUGUCAGAGAGUAAGCGGAUAGGGUUUUGGUCCCAUUUAAAAAAACAAACAAAACAAGACAAAAAAAGGGCAGCCAUGAUACGAGACGCAGCAGCACAAGCCGACUUCUCCGCGUGCAUCAUGAUGUUUCUUACCUUUCUCCAUUUGUGCUCCACUCUACUUCCCCUCCUCCCUUCUUCCCCAAGUCAUUCUUACUAUCUUCCAUCAUCAAUGCCACACAAGCUCACUUUCACACAAAGUUUUAAAAA